CUCUCGCGGAGGCCGCUCUCGCGAGAGGAGACGGCGCGCGCGCGGCGCGGGAGCACGUGGGGACGCCGCCGGUCCCGGUCCCGCUGCGCCACCGCCGCCAUGGAGGAGCCGCCGCCCGAGCAGCCGCCGCCCCCCGCGACUCCGACGCCCUCAGCAGGCGGGGAGGAGGAUGAGGCCGCGGCGGCCGGCGGCCCCGAAUGGAACAUCCCGCCUAACGCGCCCGCCUGCAUGGAGCGGCACCUGGAACGCGCUCAUUACCGCGCAGACGGAGCGCUGCUGCUGGGCGCCUCGGGGCUGAGCGGCCGCUGCUGGGCCGGCUCCAUCUGGGUAUUCGCCGACCCCCGGCGCGCCCCCAGCGAGGGCUUCUGCACCGCCGGCGUCCAGACCGAGGCGGGCGUGGCCGACCUGCGCUGGGUGGCGGACAGAGGCAUCCUGGUUGGUUCCGACUCCGGCGCCGUGGAGCUGUGGGAGCUGGACGAGAAGGAGACCCUCAUCGUCAAUAAGUUCUGCAAAUAUGAACACGACGACAUGGUGGAGGCGGUGGACGUCCUGGCGGGCAGCACGCGGGCGGUCAGCGGCGGAAGAGACUUCAGUGUGAAGGUGUGGGACCUCCCGCAGCAGGCUGUGCUGCACUCCUACAGAGCUCACUCCGAUGCAGUGACAUGUGUGGCUGCCUGUCCUGGUAAGGACACCAUCUUCCUGUCCUGUGCUGAGGAUGAAAGAAUAUUACUGUGGGACACCAGAUGCCCCAAACCAGCUACUCGAAUUGUUUGCAGUGCCUGUAAUUACCUCCCUACCUCAGUCCUGUGGCAUCCACAGGAAAGCGACAUCUUUGCUUUAGGUGAUGAAAGUGGAACAGUUGCACUAGUAGACACAAAGAAUCCUGAUUCUGCCCUCAGCUCCAUUGUGCAUGCCCGACGUGUUACGGGCUUUGCAUUUUCUGCACAUAGUUCACCUUUGCUGGCUUCCAUCAGUGAAGAUUGUACAGUAGCUGUUCUCAACUCAGACCUUUCAGAGGUGUUCAGAAGCCGUUCUCAUCGAGACUUUGUAAAAGGUUUAUCGUGGUCUCCUUCAGACAAUGCCUUGCUCACUACAGUUGGAUGGGAUCAUCAGGUUUUACAUCACACUGUCCCCAUACCAGCUGGUGAAGCUUCCGGAAUCAACUGUGUAAAAGAAUAGUUUUAUAAA